CAAUUUGUACAGUUUCUUUUUGUGAACAUUUCAAAUAUGAAACAAUUCUAAGCAUGGACAAACCACUGAACUUGCAAUGGAAUGUAAAUUAUGCCGAUGAACUGGUGAAAUUUCGGAUACAAGGAAAACUGGGACCAAAUGAAUGGUUGGCGUUCGGGUUUUCUAAUUAUGGAGAAUUUGAGAAUGCUGAUUUGGUUUUGUUUUGGAAGGACUAUUUGGGUAAUACAAUGUUCAAAGUAAGUAUUGACGUCCAUACAGAUAGAAGAGGAUAUAUACACAUUGACCCAAACCAAAACUACUUCCGGACUCGUACGGAAAAGUUGAAGCAUAACUGGUUUAAGCUAGAGUUCAUUAGAAAGUUUGAUACAUGUGAUGUGGACGAUUACAAACUAGACAAUGGAACAACACACAUAAUAUUUUUCACUGGCUACGGAUAUCCUAAACAUAUCAACACUUUGGAUUAUAAGAAAGGCUUACAAAGAGUUCAAAUUUUGAAACCAGACAUUCCAGAGGUGAACAUACCAAAAGACGUAAAAGUCAUUGACGUCACGAACCAAGAGAUAACAGUACCGUCAACUGAUACAACAUACUGGUGGUACCUAACUAAGUUACCAGAUUUCAAACGGAAACAUCAUAUCAUUAAGUAUGAAGGGAUCAUUGAGAAAGGGCAUGAAAAUCUUGUUCACCACAUGGAACUAUUUCAUUGUGAAGCGAGACCACACCAAGUUGUCCCAUCAUAUAAUGGUCCUGGCUUGGCAGAAGGAAAACCACCAGGGCUGUCAGUAUGUCGUAAAGUCAUUGGCGCAUGGGCAAUGGGCGCAUCAUCUGUAACAUUACCGGAGGAAGCUGGAACACCAGUUGGCGGAGAUGAUUGGUCUAGAUUUGUGCUGCUAGAGGUACAUUAUAAUAACCCACGACUGACCCAAGGUAUAAAAGACUCGUCUGGCAUCCGUUUGUAUGUAACAAGUAAAUUACGAAAAUAUGAUUCAGGGAUAAUGGAGCUUGGGUUGGAAUAUACCAACAAAAUGGCGAUUCCUCCAAACCAGAAUUUGUUUUCUCUGACAGGAUACUGUAUCCCUGAUUGCACACGAAUCGCGUUACCAAGAACAGGCAUAGCAAUAUAUGCUUCACAACUGCACACGCAUAUGACGGGAAAACGUGUAUAUACAAAGCAUGUCCGAAAUGGAAAAGAAUUACCGGAACUAAAUAGAGACAACCAUUAUAGUCCCCAUUUUCAAGAGAUAAGAAGACUUCAACAACCGGUCCAUGUUUUUCCGGGAGACAGUCUUAUAACUACAUGUGAGGAUAGUACACUUGAUAGAGAGAACAUUACAUUAGGUGGCUUUUCAAUCAGAGAAGAAAUGUGUGUAAACUACAUUCACUACUAUCCAGCAGUUGAUUUAGAAGUCUGCAAGAGUUCUGUCGAUUCGGACGCCCUUCAGGGAUUCUUCAGAUUCAUGAAUAAACGUUACAACGAUGACACCUCAUCGACGAAAAGCGUUGCCGAAAACUACCAGUCCAUUAGAUGGUCUGAUCAUGCAAGUCAGAUGUUGAGCACAUUUUACGACAUCGCACCCUUAUCGAUGCAAUGUAACAGAUCAGACGGAACCAGAUUUCCAGGCGACUGGAAUAAUGCAGAUAUCCCAAGGGUAACACUACCAAUCAAAACACUGAGUGGCAGAUGUUAGACACCCUAGCACCAAUCAAAACACAGAGUUUCAGAUGUUAGACACCCUAGCACCAAUCAAAACACAGAGUUGCAGAUGUUGGACACCCUAGCACCGAUCAAAACACAGAGUUGCAGAUGUUGGACACCCUAGCACCAAUCAAAACACAGAGUGGCAGAUGUUGGACAACCUAGCAAGUCAAAUACAUAAGGUUUUACUUACUCAACGUAAUAAAUGACUAUAAAUAUAUCACUUGUAUGUAAAGGCCAGUUUGAACAUUUGCAUAGCUUAAUAUUGGUUUUUCUCAUUAUUAAAGGCCGAACAGA